UAGUGAUUGGGGUAAUCGGGUCCCAAAUAUAUAAUUACAAACCCGCAUCCGUUCACCCAAAACUAAAACCGAAAAAACCCUAGGCCCUCACUCAGCCCUCACUCCUCAAACCGCCUCCAGUCCACUCUCCCGUGCCCUCCAUCAACCUCAGGUCCUCAACGAUUCUCCUCAGGCGGCGGUGGGAUAUUUCCGGCGAUCUCACAGCCGAAGAGUCGCCACUCGCUCAAACUUCGAAGAGUCGCCAGAACCUCGCCACUCGCUCAACCUUCUCGCCAGCGAAGAGUCGCCAGAACCUCGCCUCCUCCUCCUCCUCAGCCCAUCGUUGAAGACGACGCCCCUACGAUUCGAUGGCGAAAGGGGGAACUGAUCGGCUGCGGUGCUUUUGGCCAUGUUUACAUGGGUAUGAACUUAGAUUCUGGGGAGCUUCUUGCUGUCAAACAGGUGUUGAUCAGGGUGAACAGUGCGUCGAAAGAGAAAGCCCAAGCUCAUAUAAGAGAAUUGGAGGAGGAAGUUGAGCUCCUAAAGAACCUCUCUCAUCCGAAUAUAGUUAGAUAUUUGUGGACUGCAAGAGAAGAGGGUACCUUGAACAUAUCAAGUGAAACUAUUCAAAUUUCAAGGUAAUUUUAAUGUGAUUUUUACGUUUGCCAAUAUCCGUUUAUAUCCGUGAUCAUAUCUGAUCCGAUUCUCAAAUAUCUGAACCGUAUCCGUUUCCGAUAAAUGCGGAUAUGGUUAAGGUUUUUUCUUACCGAGAGUGAUCCGUAUCCGUAUCCGUAUCCGUUUAUAAAAAGCGGAUAUGGAUGUGGUAAACAUUAUAUCCGAACCGUAUCCGCUCCGAUAACACCCCUACUUGGGACUGACACUUAGAGUAGUGGACUGCAGUACCUGGAUCGUGAAGGGCUGAACUUAGCGUUGGUGUCUAUGGUAGAGAGAGCAGGAAUAAGAUCUGAGAUGAGUGCUGAGAGUGUGUUGAUGCUUCAUCACCAGUGCUUGGGACACUCAUUCUUCAGUAUUUUAAGUAGGUUGUAUCCAUCUUUCUUUGAGAAAGCAAAUAAACAGAAACUUGUGUGCGAUGCAUGUGAGUUUGGAAAACUUACUAGAAGCUCUUAUGUUAGUUCUGAUCAUAGGAGUUCUCGUGUAUUUGACCUGAUACAUUCAGAUGUUUGGGGGCCUUGUUCCAUAAAUUCUAUGAAUGAAUAUAAGUAUUAUAUUACCUUUAUUGAUUGUUUCUCUCACGUUACUUGGUUAUACUUGAUGAAAAAUAAGAGUGAAGUGUUUGGUUGCUUCUAUGACUUUCAUAGGUAUGUUCAGACUCAAUACGGAGCAGUGGUGAAUGUAUUAAGGUCUGUAAUGGGGCAGAGUAUACCAGCAGAACGCUUGGGGAAUACUUGUCACCUCAGGGAUUACAGCACCAGACUACAUGUCCACAUACACCAUCUCAGAAUGGGGUAACGGAAAGGAAGAACAGAUAUCUUUUAGAGGUUGCUAGAAGCAUGAUGAUCUCCAUGAAUCUCCCAAAAACAUUAUGGGGACAAACAGUGUUGAUCGCAGCUCAACUAAUCAACAGAAUGCCCUCAAGAGUGCUGGAUUAGAAGUCUUCGUGUGAGCACGGAGAUGUUGAAGGGAGAUAAUGGUGGGAUUCUUCCAUUGAAGGUGUUUGGCUGUGUGCUUUGUGAAGGACAACAGGCUAUCCGUUGGGAAGUUUGACC